AGAGCACAUGCUGUUGCUACAGAGUCGCUUUCCACCUUUAGAGAACUUUUCUAUCAAGUCAGACCCCAUCGCGUCCUCACAUACAUCCGUAAGGGAUCACUUCGGAAUGCGCUUCUUGGAGGCAGCUCCUCGAGCGACCGGCCGCCCUCUAUAACUGGACUCUUGUCUGGGUCUGCGCCUCCCUGC